UCGCGACGCCGUCACCGCCGUGACGAGUGACAGCGGUGGGCGUCACGCUGGUCUAUUUCUGCUGGAGAUAUAAGCUCGGACUUUGUGUAACUCGAGUAGUUUGUGAACCUCAGCCACCUGCUUCAGACAUGUCACUCGCCCGUGCCGUCCACGCCAAGAUCCAGGGCAAGAGGAAUCCUGCCCAGGAACAAGAAGCCCUGGAAUGGAUCGAAGCGGUUCUGGGACAGAAGUUCCAGGGCCAGUUCGAGGACAUCAUCCGUGACGGUCAGGUCCUCUGCCAGGUGAUGAACAAACUCGUUCCCGGAUCCAUCCCCAAGAUCAACUCUUCCGGUGGACAGUUCAAGAUGAUGGAGAACAUUAACAACUUCCAGAAAGCCCUGAAGGACUACGGAGUCCCUGACAUCGAUGUGUUCCAGACUGUAGACCUGUGGGAGAAGAAGGAUAUCGCACAAGUCACCACCACAAUGUUCGCUCUCGGCAGAACCACAUACCUGAAGCCUGACUGGAAGGGACCUUACCUGGGACCCAAGCCCUCAGAGGAGGCCAAGAGGCAGUUCACCGAGGAGCAGCUGAAGGCAGGCCAGAGCAUCAUCGGUCUGCAGGCCGGAACCAACAAGGGCGCCUCCCAGGCCGGACAGAACAUGGGCGCAGGCCGCAAGAUCAUCCUCGGAAAGUGAACAAAGACUACUACACCAACCAAACCUAAAAUAUUUUUAUACACCGUUUUUUUUCGCUCCCGAAAUACUUGUAAAUUACUUUUAAGAUGGAAGUGAGGAGGUUCCAAGGACUACUUUACAUUCUUUAGUUUUCGGCAGACCGGUAGAUUACCGUUACCCAGGUUGAAGGAAGGACGUGAGAGACAUUUUAUAUAUGUGAUAACUCUGAGUAGAAAUGUUUUAUACAUACUCGCUCAUAUAUUUUGUAUGGUUCAUGUAUUAUGAUUUGAAAUGAUGUAAUAAAUAUAUAUUUGUAGAAACUUGUC